GCUUGCGCUGUGUGAUCGUUUCCGCUUCAGCUCGGUCAGACUACAGUGAACAGGGUUGAUUUAUCGGAUUAAACUUCCAUCUCGGUUUAUUUUUCUCCAUUUUGAGGUUUUUUAUCGGGUGACAGAGAUGAGUUUGAGCAUGAUGAAGCGGACCGCGCCCCUGAGCCUGCUGUGCUGUGGAGCUGAAAAUGGCGGAGUGUCCGGUGUGGCCCCUCCGAUGGAGACGUUCUCUCAGCGCGAGGAGGAGCUGGACGGGUACACGGAGGAGCCCGAGGCCUGGCCCGUUAAAGCCGGGCUCGGUGACACGGAGAGCCGCUUACAGCCUGAGGCCGGCGGCGAGGAGCUGGAGAGGGAGACCCGGGAGCUCCUGAGGCAGCUGUACCGCGCUCACACCGGCCUAGGCCCGAGUCCCCGGCAGGGGAGAGCUCACCCCGCGCUGCCCAGCCUGCAGAGGGUGCUGCGGGACCUGCUGAGUAAACACAGGAUCGCCUACAGCGGCAUGGUGCAGCGACUGUUCGACCAGGCCCAGGGUCUGGACAGCGUGCAGCCCGUGUUGCGCGGUGUGUUCAGCGACGGGGUGAUGAGCUGGGGUCGCAUCGCCAGCGUGUUGGCUCUGGGAGCCGUGGUGUGUGAGCGUCUGACGCAGGAGUGUGUGAAGGAUCGAGCUGAAGAUAUUGUGGACAUUGUCGCCUCACAGAUCUCCUCAUAUCUCAGCACAGAACUCCAGCACUGGUUCAUCAACAACAAGGGCUGGGACGGUUUUGUGGAGUUCUUCCGCGUCGAGGAUCCCGAGUCCACGGUCCGGAACGCGCUCAUGGCAGUGGCCGGGUUGGGAAUAGGGGCGUGUCUGUUUACACUGAUGCGAUGAAGUGGUGGAGCCAGAGUUGAGCGCUGUUACCAUGACUACAUCAGAGUCCUUCAUUCCUGGGAAUCGAGGAUGGACAUGCUUGUGCUGUUCAGGAUGAUCACUAAGACACUUUAUACGUGCGUGUGUGUUUGUGUAUUUUAUGGAAACAGAGGUUUAUUUUCAAGAAUAAAAGUUCCCUCACCGAGAUAAGCUCCGCCCCCGUCAUUAUACCGCACUUUUCCCACACGUGGCAGGGUGCGUCGCUGAGAGCUGUGACCGUGUGAAGAGUAUCAGAGUUUUACAGUUUGGAGAAAAAGUUUUAUUUUUUUAAUAAACACUUCAGACAGAGAA